AUGCCGCCGAAGACGGCCUCACAGCAGGUCGGUGCUUACGACAACGAGCCUGACCUUCUAGGAGUCGCUCGGAACAAGGAAAGCAAUGCUACCGUACGCUCCUCCGAACGGGGCACUCUCAACGUGGAGGAGGUUGUUGGCGACAUAUUUGACGCACCACCCAACGCCGUGCUCAUACAUGCCUGCAACUGCAUCGGUGACUGGGGCGCGGGCAUCGCUGCUGCUUUCAAGAAGCACUACCCUUCAGCCCACAGAAUUCACAAGGAGUUCUGCAAAAAUGGCCCAGAUGGCAAAGCCGACCCCGCAACAGCGCAGCUGAUCUCACCUGUGAACGGCCAAGCGCGCCGCCACUAUGUUGGCUGCCUCUUCACCAGCGUACACUUCGGCAAAAAGAGAGACUCACCAGAAUUGAUUCUGGAGAACACGGGUCCGGCGAUGGAAGAUCUGCUGAGGCAGGUUGCCGAAGAAAGCCAGACAAGGGAAGUCACUGAGCUGCGCAUCUGUAAGAUCAACUCCGGGCUUUUCCAAGUACCUUGGGAGGAUACGGUGAAGGUCCUGCAGAACAUCAAGCUUGAGCCAGGAAUGCCCACUACCGUUACUGCUUUUGAUAGACCAUGA